UCUAUGCUACGACUUACGGUCGACGUUGACUGAUUAUGCGGUUAUGAUCUGUUGUUGAUCUUAUCUCGGCGGCUCCCUGUUGUUCCCUCUCCGAAUGCCGCCCGAGAAUGAAGAUGGACCAAGAGACUGCGCAUUAUGCACGCCGCAGUAUCCCAUGCUUAACCGGGAUGAAGUCCAGGGGACUCAAAAGCCACCGCAAUCGAUCCAUAUCACGCUUAUGUGGGCACUGAGUUGGUGAAGACCUUUGACUUGGCACUUAGCAUCCUGGGAAUCAAGGCCUCGCUGACUAGAAGUGUUUACAUCUCUAUCUCUUCAUAUGCAGCGCGGGUCAAGAAAUUCUUCGACGGAUGCGUGAACAUCAUAGAUUUCUGGAAUGAUUCGUGACUUAUCCCAGACACAGUUGCCCCAAUCAUACCUUCCACAGCCAUCCGUCGACGCGCAAAUACCGCCCAAAAUUCUGGUGGCUGAUGCUAUCAAGCCACCAAGUAGUACAUACUCAAUCAAGAUACAACGCGAGAUAUGCUUCGCGAGCGCUGGGAAACCUCACGUUUCACAGGCUACGGAAGUAUACCAGGACCACGUGGCACAAAACCUCCAUUAUACACUCAUCCAUCGACCUGAGACACCCAACCUGACAUCCAUAUACCACUUACCCCAAACAAACAGACAAACCAUAAUACCAAACCUACCCCCCUACACCCUCUCAAUCCUCCACACCCUCACCCGAACCCAAACCCAACAAGGCAGCCCACCACCCCGAAAUGCAAUCCCUAACCCAGAAUUGCAACCACGAAUGCAGCUUCAUACCCUCCAAACCCCUCCGAAAAACCCACAGCAACCCCCACUUCGCCCUCCGAUACUGGGUCCCCAACCACGAAAUGAAAAUGUGCGGCCACGCAACCGUCGGCACAGUCUGGCUACAUCACUUGGGACUGCUACCGCUUGCAAAUAAACUUUGAACCUCGACCAUAUCUACCGAGGUAGAAGCGCUCGUUAUCCUUCCUGAGAAUGAAAAUGGAAACGAACAUGAACAGGGGGCGUGAGUAUUAGUUUCGCAGCCUGCCAGCCG